AUGUGCACGAGCCCGGCUACGGCGCUGAUGCAGCAGCUGAAGGUUCUCGUGCUCUCCACGCCCGGGUUUGUGGGCACCGACUUUCUCGAGGCCACGAUGGACGGCCUGGGCGUGCCCUACGAGGUGGUGCGCGUGGACAGGGCGGCGGCGCAGCCCCUCAACUUCACCCAGCUGCUCUGGAACCCCGACGGCUCCGCGCGCUACGCCGGCUACUUCAUGGCGCCCAACCUGGAGGCCAUCGGCACGCUCAACAAGUCGGACGUUCUCACGCUUUGGGACUUCCAGCUGCGCACCGGCGCACGCAGCGCCAGGUUUGGCGUCUGGCCCGGGAGCAUCAGCUUCAACGCAGACACUGCCUCCUGCAGUGCGGCAGACCUGCCCAUGACGUUCAGCGCAGGGGCGGCGCCUGUCAUCGGCUCGUCGGGCAUCAACCCCGCCGCAACCCUCGGGAACGAGGGCCUUUGGAGGUGCCCCUUCACCAAGACACCAGCAACCGUCGAUUGCCCGAUCUGCGCUGCAGACUUCCCCGAAUGCAUCAGGCCCAACUGUACAGCGACACCCGUCCUUGAUUUUGCUGGUGGCGCCACCGCGGGCGGCGCCCUGGUCAAGUACGCUGACGGCCGCGAGUCCCUGGCCUUCAUCUUUGACUGCGCCGCCUUCAGCCCGACCUGCAUGGUCCUGGGCCACCUGUCGCUGAGCUGGCUGCUGCAUGACAUCAUCCCGGGGCAGAGGGACGCCCUGCUGACCAUUCACCAUGACGACAUCUUUCUGACCACAGAGUUCUCCAAGCCCAUAACGGACGGGGGUGUCACGCGUACGGCCUACCGCGCCACAAAGGCAGACCUGCUGGCGCACCUCACAUGGCAGGCGACCCUCAACGCCAAACUGCCAGCCGGCAGCGACUUCAAGCUGGAGUUCCCUUUCAACGGCGCGGGCGUCCUGGAGACCGCGGCGCAGGCGUCCACGCCUGGCCAGUUCACAGCCACCCUCCUGGACAUCGACGACCGCGGCUGCCUGGACCUUCCGGAGUACAACACAUCAGGCUGCGGCUGCUGGUUCAGCGGGACAGCCACAUGCUCGUCGCCCUCCGCCUUCUGCAGGAACUGCACGAAGGCGCGCUCGCUGCCCAAUCCGAUGCUGAUCCCUCCACUACCCUGCUCUUGGAUCCAACCCUGCCCACCCCAGGACGCCCUGGCCACUGUUUCCACCUGGAGCCUGGCCCAGAUCAGGGCCGGUGACGAGCUGGCCGACUACGUAAUCAGCGAACCCGCCCCCACGAGCGGCUUCAACUGGUGCUCACACACCUUCUCACACCAGAACCUGGACAACGCAACCUCGUAUGACACGGAUAUGCAGCUGAGGCUCAACGCAGCUAUGGCGGCCCCGGCCUUCCUCGGCCUCACUACCAAGGCCUCCUGGAGCAGCAGCUCCAUGGUAACCCCCCAGAUCAGCGGCCUGCGCAACGGCGACGCACUUGCCACCCUGAAGGCCAACGGGGUCACCUGCGUCACCGGUGACAACACUUGGCCCUUCCUGCUCAACAAGGAGCAGCCCUACCACAUGCUGUACACCACGGCAGCAACUAACGGCAUCGACGGCAUCGCCAUCAUGCCCAGGUCCGCCACCGAGGUGUACUACAACUGCACCACUGCUGCCCAGAACCUUGACCUCUACAACUUCCUCUACUUCAAGGUGUUCAACAGGGACUCCACCUUUGACGAGGUGCUGGCGCGCGAGGCCGUCAGGGUGGUGCGUGAUGGGCUGCUAAAGCUGCGCCACGACCCCUACAUGAUGCACCAAGCCAACCUCGGCCUCGUCGACUCAUCGGGCCGCUCCCUUGUCAUGCGUUGGGUCGACGCCGUUGUGGCGGAGUUCACCAAGUACACCAAUUGGCCCCUGAGGUCUGCAAAGCUUGACGACCUCAGGGCCAUCUUUGAGGCCCGCGAGGCGCGCGAUGCUUGCAAGCUUUCCUACCAGAUUGAGACCACCCCCUUGGGCACAGCUACGGCUGUGACAGUCUCCAGCGCUGCGGCAGCGUCCGGCGCCAAGUGCGACGCCCCGCUGAUGCUUGGGGCCGGCGUCGGCGGCGCAGCCGCGAAACAGGUCAUGAUCCCCCUGGUGUCAGGGGGCUCGGCGAGGGUGGAGCUGACAGGACAGCAGUGGAAUGCGUUCACUGUCGUGCGGCCGUGCUCACCACCAUGCCUCAACGGUGGAGUCUGCAACACGACAGUGGGUGUUUGCGACUGCACCGGCACAAACUUCACCGGCGCCGACUGCUCCACUGCAGGUUAG